UAGCAAAAGCACGAGUGAGGGAGAAAGAGAGAGAGUCCCGGACUUUCUCUACCUCGCGUUUUAAACACAUUUUAACUCGUAUUCUCAGUCGUUUUGACUCAGUUUAAGCUUCUGCAUCGAGAUUUCCAGCUGUAGUUUAUCAGUCGAGCAGUUCGGCAGGUUGUUUGUUUAGAGAGGAGCAAAAUGGAUUUCGAUGAGUAUGAAUACUUGGAGAAAACAGUUGAGAAUCCUAAGCCCUCGAAAUGGAAGGAAAGGGAAAGGGAAAAUGGUGGUGGUGGAGCUAGGGAAUCUGAAGAGAGAGAAAGGAAUCGCAGUUCAAAGCAUAGGAGUGAUGAGAAGGAUGGACAUCUUGAUGAUGAUGAUGGUCAUCGCUUGAAGAGCUCCAAAUUGAGAGAUGAGACACGUGAUCGUGAUAGAAGGAAAGAAAGGGGGUCAUCCCGUCAUCGCUCAAGGUCUAGAGAUGGAGAGAGGGACAGAUACAAGAGUAGCUGGCAACAUAAGGACAGAGAGAGAGAGAGGGACAGUAAGAGGGAUAGAGAGGAGAAGAAUGGAAAGGAUAAGGACAGAGAUAGAGAUCGGGAGCGUGAUCAUGACAAAGACAAAAGAGAGCGGGAACAUGACCGUGAAAGAGAGGGGGAGAGGGAUAAGGAGAAGGAGAGAGAACAGUCACGUGGAAGUGGGAGUCGGUCAGAAAGGCAUCAAAACACCCAGGAUGAAAGGGAGAGGAGUCGGGAGCAGGAGCUUAGGGAAAGAGAAAAGGAGAGGGAGUUAAGGGAUCGAGAUAGAGAAAGCAGACGAUAUAAAGAAAAGAAAGAUGAUGUGGUACAGCCAGAGGCCGAUCCUGAACGGGAUCAGAGGACAGUAUUUGCAUACCAGAUUUCGUUGAAGGCUGAUGAAAGAGAUGUUUAUGAGUUUUUCUCAAAAGCUGGCAGAGUUCGAGACGUACGCCUCAUAAUGGAUCGUGUUUCAAGGAGAUCCAAAGGGGUUGGGUAUAUUGAAUUUUAUGAUGUAAUGACUGUCCCUAUGGCAAUAGCACUCUCUGGGCAGCUUCUUCUUGGUCAACCUGUGAUGGUUAAACCAUCAGAAGCUGAAAAGAAUCUUGUUCAGUCAACUUCAAAUGUGGCUGGAGCAUCAGGUGGACUAACUGGUCCCUAUUCAGGAGGAGCUAGAAAACUGUAUGUUGGCAAUCUGCAUUAUAACAUUACAGAAGAUCAACUUCGUCAAGUUUUUGAACCAUUUGGUUCUGUCGAGCUGGUGCAAUUACCUCUUGACGAAACUGGGCAUUGCAAAGGUUUUGGUUUUGUUCACUUUUCACGUCUUGAAGAUGCUAGAAAUGCAUUGAAUUUGAAUGAACAGCUGGAGAUUGCUGGCCGGGUGAUUAAGGUGUCAGCUGUUACUGAUCAAACUGGAAUGCAAGAUAUUGGGGCAAAUACUGGCGAUUUUGAUGAUGAUGAAGGUGGUGGUUUGUCUCUGAAUGCAUGGUCCCGAGCACUUCUUAUGAAAAAGUUGGAUCAAAGUGGCAGUACUGCAGCGUAUGACCACCGCCCUUGUU